AUGGACCCUUGUCUGACCCAGUCCGGCCGUUCUUAUGUUCCCUCCCUCACAUCCGAAUCUCGCCCUGCAGGGCGCCUGAUCUUCGACAACCUGAAGAAAUCCAUCGCCUACACACUGACCAGCAACAUCCCCGAGAUCACCCCCUUCCUGCUCUUCAUCAUGGCCAACAUCCCGCUGCCCCUCGGCACCAUCACCAUCCUCUGCAUUGACCUGGGCACCGACAUGGUCCCCGCCAUCUCCCUGGCCUACGAAGCCGCCGAGAGUGACAUCAUGAAGCGCCAGCCUCGAAACCCCCGGACGGACAAACUGGUGAACGAGAGGCUGAUUAGCAUGGCCUACGGGCAGAUCGGGAUGAUCCAGGCGUUGGGUGGGUUUUUCGCCUACUUUGUGAUCCUCGCCGAGAACGGGUUCCUGCCCUCGGGGCUGGUCGGGAUCCGGCUGAACUGGGACGACCGGACUGUGAACGACUUGGAGGACAGCUACGGGCAGCAGUGGACGUACGAGCAGCGCAAGGUGGUGGAGUUCACCUGCCACACGUCCUUCUUCGUCAGCAUCGUGGUGGUGCAAUGGGCUGAUCUGAUCAUCUGCAAAACCAGGAGAAACUCAGUGUUCCAGCAGGGCAUGAAGAACAAGAUCCUGAUUUUCGGGCUCUUUGAGGAGACAGCGCUGGCCGCCUUCCUGUCCUACUGCCCCGGCAUGGAUGUGGCGCUGCGGAUGUACCCCCUGAAGCCCAGCUGGUGGUUCUGUGCCUUCCCAUACAGCUUCCUCAUCUUCGUGUACGACGAGAUCCGGAAACUCAUCCUGCGCCGGAACCCCGGAGGCUGGGUCGAGAAGGAAACCUACUACUGAGCCCCCCCCCCCCCCCCCCCCCC